AUGCACAAAGUUAUCCCGGAGCCAUGGUCAAAUCCUUCCGCCAAUCUGAUGGACCGUUUGAGUGAAGAGAUAUUACUUGAGGUCUUAUCUUAUCUCAACUUACAUGAGCUUUCGAUUAUGGCAAGAGUCUCGAAUCGAUUGAACAGACUAUCAGAGGACCCAAAGAACCUUUGUCGAAUCAGUCUUAACUGGCAAACUGGCUCAGCUCAUUCCACUACCAGACUUGUUUCCGCACCUCAAGACUCCGCGCCUAAGACACGCUACCCUAGUACAAUCGCUCGAUUUCAUCGCACACUUCUUUUCACAGCUUCAAGAACUAAAUCAUGUAGUAGGCAGCCAACUGUAGAUGUAUAUCAACUUAAGAAGGGGCAAAAACAAGAUGGAGUCAAGUCUGUGCCUAUAGGUCAUAUUGCGUCUGCGCUUGAUUUUUCAAACUUGGGUAUGGUGGGGAUCUCUGAGAUCAGAGUUGAUGAAAGGUGUGAUACCGAAUCAGGAAUGGAGCAAUUACCCUUCUCAAAUCAAAACUCAGUCAUUCUUGUCGUCUUCUAUACCACUGGUCAAUUUGCUAUCUUUCAAAUUGCUCUACCCUCAAGCUCAGAAUCAGAACCCGAACUGGAUGUUACAGAACUAUAUGCUUCAUCUGAAGUUUUGAUACGUUCUGGUCCAGAUGGGAUUUAUCAUCAAGCCGCGGAGGUAGCACGCCUACACUAUCCACUGCUAGUCACUUGCUCGACCGACUUUCUUUUACGUUUCUAUGAGUUGAACUCUGAUGGGCACAACGCACUCGCCGCACGCAAACUCAAAUUAGAUAUGCGUAGUCAAACUUGUUUUUGGCCGCUGAAUCUCAACCUUACUGCUCUCGAAACAGGAUUCCGAUUAACAAUCGUAUAUCCUACACCAUUUUAUCCAUCAGCUUGGACAGUUGGAUUACAAGAAUUCGAAUUUGAACUUUCUCCUACACCCAAACUUCUCAACACUCGUCAUACUACUGCAUUACCCUUUGAGAGUACCAAGUUAUCUCGUCAUUCUUUUCGUCAAAUGACAGGAGUGGGUCCAGUAAGCGGAAUCGAAUAUGCAGAACCAACAGUAGUGGUUGCAAGAACCGACAAUACGCUUGAUACUUUUGAGUAUCGUCGUCGAUCAUGUGAUCCACCUGAACUUCUUCAUCGUCGAACACUUUUUGGCCAUACAAGUCGGGUUGCAGCUGUUGCUCUCAAUUCAUCUGGGCGAUGUGUGAGUGCUGGACAGGAUGGAUUAAACGUUUGGGAAUUGGCAGAAGGGCAGAUGUGUGGGCCUGUUCAGGUUGGACUAACUCAGAGUGAUUCUGAAGAGACUAACAAGGUGGUUGAGUGGGUUGGUUUUGAUACUGAAAAGAUUGUAGGUGUGCUGAGAACCGGGACGUGUGGUGCAGGAGAAGGAGGGGCUGGACAAGCUGUUUCAGAUGAAUCUUUGAUGUGUUUAAAAUUUGUUGUACCGAGAUACAUAUUACAAGUGGCGUAA